AUGUUGAGUAAGAGAAGUUUGAGGCUGGUAAGUCUCACCGGUAUGGUGAUUUUCGUUCUUUUCUUCAUCAGGCACAAUGCAGAGUCCGUGACGCGUUCUUACGUGGGGAAAGAAUCUAGCAACCUCGCGAAUGAUGCCAAGGUCGAGAGUGACAUCAACAAUAUCCAAGAAGGUAUUGCUGAAACCAAGAGUAACGCGGUUGUUGCUGAUACCAGCAACGCAGUUAAAAAUAUGGCUGGGCCCAACGGUGUGAAAGACUCUGAUUUCGCUGCUGAAGUAGAAACAUACAACGCUGAAGCUGAGUACAAGAAUAUCCUUUCUCAAUCACCAAUCGUGGUGUUUUCUAAGAGUUACUGUCCUUUCAGUACGAGGCUCAAGAACUUGUUGAAGGAGUAUGAAUUUGAUCCAAUUUAUACUAUCGUUGAAUUGGAUAAGCAUGAGAAUGGAGCUGAACUACAGAAAUAUAUCGGUAGCAAGACAGGAAGGUCUACUGUUCCUAACGUUAUUAUCAAUGGUAUAUCUCGUGGUGGUAGCGAUGAAUUUGCUGGAUUACAUGAGGAUAAUUCAUUAUUACAGAGCUUGAAGACAUGGGCCGGAUCUACUUUAUCCGUGAAGAAAGCUGCUGCUGCGACUUAA